AAAAAAGAAGAAAACGAUCACCUACCCACAUUUUGACCUCGUGCGAAUCGUCUAUACACAAAAAAAAAAAAAGCAAACACACACACAAAUCUCAUCGAGAGAAGAAGAUUCAGGCAUUUUCAUAUCUUAAACGCUUCUUUCCCAAAGGGGUACCCUGAGAUCACAAAGGAUAACAAACUAUGGCCAAGGGAGUUGCAGUCUUGAACAGCAGCGAGGGUGUUAAGGGAACUAUCUUCUUCACCCAGGAAGGAGACGGUGUGACCACUGUGACUGGAACAGUUUCUGGACUUAAACCUGGUCAACAUGGUUUCCAUGUCCAUGCUCUUGGAGACACCACUAACGGUUGCAUGUCUACCGGUCCACAUUUCAACCCUGAUGGUAAACAACACGGUGCCCCAGAGGAUGCUAAUCGACAUGCUGGUGAUCUAGGAAACAUCACUGUUGGAGAUGAUGGAACUGCCACCUUCACAAUCACUGACUGCCAGAUUCCUCUUAGUGGACCAAACUCUAUUGUCGGAAGGGCUGUUGUUGUCCACGCAGACCCUGAUGACCUCGGAAAGGGAGGCCAUGAACUCAGCUUGGCUACUGGAAAUGCAGGCGGCCGUGUUGCUUGCGGUAUUAUUGGUCUUCAGGGCUAAGCUGUCACUUUAUCGAGGAAGAUAGUGAUGUAAUAAGGAGGUCAUAUACCUCUACACCUGGCUAGUUUGUGUGUGUGUGUGUGGCUCCUUUGUGGAUCAAAUGCAUUUUAUUUAAGACCAAAAAAAAAAAACAGAGAAAAUUCCUACUAUUUUCAUGAAUAACAAGAGCAGAUGUGAACUUAAAA